UCCAUUUCACUUGGCCAGUUGAUCUUAAUGUACCAGUUUAUGAAAUUAAUGAAGCAAUUAACAUCUAGACAGGAGCCGUGUAAGCUUAACGCUCAAAUGGAGCCCCUAUUUUCUGUAUCUGUCACAAUUCUGUCUCCUAGCAGAGUACUUUAUUUGCUCUCAUUUCACUAUAAAAUUCUACACCCAAUCUAACUUCAACAGGAGAAUCUCCACAUAACCAUGGAUUUCAAAGCAGAGCUCAACACACAGGUAGCAGAAGAAGAUGAUGGUUACUAUGCCGAGAUUAGGAAACAAAUCAUUCUACUUUUGACAACAUACGAUGACGACGAAGACGUUGAACGACCUCCCAAAACUGCAGCAAAACGAGGGGCAGAACAAAGCGGCCGUCGUCACCCACAGUCAGAGAGAAACUUGAGUUGGUGUCUAAAUGGGAAUGAUUUAGAAGGACCUGUUUGGCAUGUCAAUUCAUGGGAGAAUGGGAAUGGAACAGGAGUUUUCAUCCCUCAAGCAGUCAAAUACAAAAGAUACAGUAUUUUCAGAAGGAUGAGAAAGCAUGAGAGAAAAGAAAAACACAGACUAAACAGACAACAAGACCAAGGAUCAUCCGUGUUUUCAGGAGGCUAAAUUGCA